AUGUUUGAGGUGAGUACAUUUCAUAAUGUACAUACAUGUUCCCUUGAUCUUCGAGGAAAAGAUAACUGUCAAGCAUCACCUUUAAUAGUUGCCCAUCUAAUUAAGGAUAAGUUCGCAACUGACGGCUCGGAUCAGUUGCCCUCUGAUAUAAGAAAAAGUAUGCACAAGGAUUACGGGAUCCAAAUGAGUUACGAAAAGGCAUGGAGGUGCAGAGAGAAGGCAAUACACCUGUCUCGGGGUACACCUGAAGAUUCGUACUCGAAAUUACCUAGUUACUUGCACAUGCUACAGUUGCGGAAUCCAGGUACCAUCACGGAUUUUGUGGUAGAAGAUGGUCGCUUCAAGUAUUGUUUCUUCUCUCUGGGUCCUUCUAUCCGGGGGUUUAAGUUUUGUCGACCUGUUAUAUGCGUUGAUGGGUCUUUCUUGAAGACUAGGUAUGGUGGGCAAAUGUUGUGUGCAGUGGCUUUGGAUGCAGGGAGUCAUAUCUUUCCGAUAGCUUUUGCUAUAGUUGACAGUUCACCCUGGAGGAACAGUUAUGACCGGUGGCGUAGUGGACUUGCAGGAACAUACUUGCACUUGCGGCUUGUUCCAGUGCAUGAAGUUUCCUUGUCCUCAUGCAUGUGCUGCAUCUCAGGGCGAAGUAUUAUCGCGUACACACUAUGCUCGCCAUAUUACACAACUGAAUAUUGGAGGAGGACAUAUGAAGGAACAAUUAUGCCAGUUGGUGACGAGGAUGAUUGGGAAUUGCCUGAUGACAUCAAGAACAUGACAGUUGGAGUGCCUGUUGAGAAGCAACCAGUAGGGCGACCCAAGAAGCAAAAGGUUGGAAGAAUUAAGAACAACCGAACUGCUUGUAACGGUGAAAGGAUUAUCAAAUCGCGAAAUUGUAGCAUGUGCGGUGCCAAGGGGCACAACAGAAGCACUUGCAACUACCGAGGUUAA